AUGUCGACAAUAACGAAGGAUAUUAAAACCGUUGCUGUAAUCGGCACUGGCGUUAUAGGAGCUAGUUGGACAGCUUUAUUCCUGGCCCGAGGGCUUAAAGUCUUGGUGACGGAUCCUGCUCCGGACGCAGAGAAAAACCUCGAGAUAUAUUUGAAGGCACAAUGGCCGACACUCACUCAAAUAGGCCUCAGCGAAGAGGCUUCUAUAAAAAAUUACACAUUUGUGGAUUCACUGGAUAAUUAUUUCGGCGAAAUUGACUUCAUACAAGAGAACGGCCCCGAACGGCUAGAAUUCAAACGGAACCUCUUCGCCUACCUUGACGAAAAAGCACGCCCGGAGGUAAUAAUCGCAUCUUCGUCGUCCGGAAUCCCAUCGUCCGAAUAUGUGUCGGUGUGCCGCCACCACCCUGAACGGGUUCUGGUCGGGCACCCUUUCAACCCACCACAUUUGAUUCCUCUAGUGGAGGUCGUGCCACAUACAGCGACAGAUCGGGUGACUGUUGUCCCUCGAGCUAUGGAAUUCUACAAAAGCCUUGGCAAGAAGCCAGUUCUUAUCCAAAAGGAGAUCCCCGGAUUCAUUGCCAACAGGCUCCAAGCUGCUCUUUUGAUGGAAGCAUAUAGUUUGGUGAGCAGAGGGGUUAUCUCUGCGGCAGAUUUAGAUGCGACUGUGACGUCUUCAUUGGGUCUACGGUGGGCGCUCAAUGGACCUUUCGCCCUGAAUGCUAUGGCAGGAGGCGGGAGCUUUCAGCAUUUCUUGGAGCAUCUUGGUCCCGCUGCUAAAUCGUGGCAUGAUGACAUGCAUAAACAUACGCUCGGAAUGACGGCUGAAGAUAUUAAGGAAUUAAGUAGAACGGUUGAACCUAUGGUGCAGGCAACUGAUCUUGAUAAUUUACAGAAGGAGAGGGAUCAGGUACUCUUGAAACUUAUGGAUAUGAAGUCCAACUCACCUCUUUUAGAAUAAAGCUGAGCAGGAC